AUGCUCAUAGAUUUGCCCCCACUUCAGGAGUACUCCAUGGCUGAUUGCCAGGACCUCUUCAUGUCCAGGAUGGAUGACGACUACGACAUGGAUCCUUGUUCCGGCUCCAAGGCAUUCGAGUCUGGCCUGAGGGCCCCACAGCCAUCUGGCGUGCUCAGUGACGCAGAACCCUUCUUAUAUACCUCUUCCUCAGAAAGUGACAUGGACGCCUGCUUCAGCGACAUAGAACCGGCCUUACGCGCAGUGACCCGCGACGACGCUCAGUUACAUUCCCAGACUACUAUGCCACCCUCAGACAAGCGAAUAGAUCGCGACAUCGUACUUCAUUCUCCCGGCCAGCUGCUUGGCACACCGCGCGACUCUUCUCGACGCUAUGAAUAUCCUUUCCCCGCGCAUUUACGAGUAGACGAUGCAGUCCUUGCAGAGGACUCCGCAUCGUCCGCAUCGUCCACUUCCACGACUCCCGGUCUUACUCCGGGCGAGGGAUUCUCGCUGGGGCUGGUCCCUUUUGCUGGUUCUAGUAGCGCUAUGUCUUCGUCGACGAGCAUGCCAAUCUAUAUGCAAGCUCCCACUCCCUCGCCUAUACCAGUUCCAGUCCCAAUCUCGUCCCCGCACGCCAUCCCAAAAUCAAGCAGUACAGGAGCCAAUCUAUCUCGAACGUCUCUCUCUCCACUAGCACAGGCUCCUGCUGUAGUUGGUCCUUCUUCUGCGCCUGCUUUAGGCGUGAGCUCCAUUGCAGCGCAUCCAAAGCUGUCUCGAUUCAACCCGGCAGACGCUCCUGUUCCGCCUGGCCUGAGAGGGCGAACACGCAAAUCGGCAUCUGUCUCUGUGCCGCAAGCACUGCAGCCUGUGCCCAAUACGGUUGCUCCGGUUCCGGUUUCCGCAGCGACUUGCAUUUUCAUUGGCUGUCUCGCCGUAUCUUCGCCCCAGGAUUCAUCCGUUCUUUCUUGUGACAGCUCUUCUUCACCUUUAUGCUUCAGUGAUAGAUUCAGGCCGCCAUCCGACCACGUCAAUCGCACGCAUCGGUACAGUCAGCCUGCUUGCUUCCUCAAAGUUUGA